GAUUAGCUGCUGCUAAAUUUGGUCAAAGAAGUCACCUACACAGAGCGUGUUGUGAGAGCUGUUCGAGCGGGUGUUUGGGCUGUUGGCUGCUUUCUUCCCCCCCUUACACACUUGCAGAUUAUUUUGAGGUGGUGUUCGCGGAGUUUGAAAGGAGAGACUUCAAAAAAAAAAAAAAAAGCCGCAAGCGUUUCACUCAUUUUUACAAUUCCCUUCAAUUGGGGUUACCAGCAAAGAAAAAAAAAAAAAAAAGACAAGAAAACAGGAAGGAAGAAAAAUAAGGAAAUGAGAUGUGGCACAAGAAGCGCAAAGGUGCCCUGUAGACGACCGUCGCCGUGAGCGAGAGACCUGCAGAGCCCCGGAGCCCGGCGGGAACCUCGGCGCGCGGAGUUUGUGUGCUGCGGCGCCGAGCGGCGGACCUCCGUGUGGAGCCGCGGCGCCGGUUCAAAGACGAAGCAAGAAAGUUUGGCGCUGCGCGGCGGGCCGGGCGAGCGCGGCGGGCCGGGCGGACGGAGCGGGGCGGCAGGAGACCCUGCCCGCGGCGGGCCCGUGACGCCGCCGCCGCCGCCCGCACCGCGUCCCCUGCGAGCGCGCCGCCUCCCCGCCGGCCCCGGCCGUCCUCGCUCCCGCCGCCCGGGCCGCCCAGGCCAAUGCGCCGCGCGCCCUGCCGGGCGCAGCCAGCUGAACGGCGUGGAUGAUCCGCGAGCUGAGCAAGAUGUACCCGCAGACCCGGCACCCGGCACCGCAUCAGCCUGCUCAACCCUUUAAAUUUACCAUUUCCGAGUCCUGCGAUCGGAUUAAGGAAGAGUUUCAGUUUUUGCAGGCUCAGUACCACAGUCUGAAGCUGGAAUGUGAGAAGCUUGCCAGUGAGAAGACCGAGAUGCAGCGGCACUAUGUCAUGUAUUAUGAAAUGUCCUAUGGGUUGAAUAUAGAAAUGCACAAGCAGGCAGAGAUUGUCAAGAGGCUCAAUGCUAUCUGCGCACAAGUCAUUCCUUUCCUGUCCCAAGAGCACCAGCAACAGGUGGUGCAGGCUGUGGAACGGGCCAAGCAGGUGACCAUGGCAGAACUGAACGCCAUCAUUGGGCAGCAACAGCUCCAGGCCCAGCAUCUGUCACAUGGACAUGGCCUGCCGGUGCCUCUGACGCCGCACCCUUCGGGGCUUCAGCCUCCUGCCAUCCCGCCCAUCGGCAGCAGCGCCGGGCUGCUGGCCCUCUCCAGUGCCCUGGGAGGUCAGUCCCAUCUUCCAAUAAAAGAUGAGAAGAAACACCACGACAACGAUCACCAAAGAGACAGAGACUCCAUCAAGCCAACGCGGAAACCCGCCUGCUGUCACAGGAAGGAGAGCUCCUCGGUAUCCCCGUCUGCCAGUUUCCGAGGCUCUGAGAAGCACAGAAAUUCCACCGACUACUCCUCGGAGAGCAAAAAGCAGAAAACUGAAGAAAAAGAAAUUGCAGCUCGCUACGACAGCGACGGUGAGAAGAGCGAUGACAACUUGGUGGUGGACGUUUCCAAUGAGGACCCAUCUUCCCCCCGAGGAAGCCCAGCGCAUUCCCCGCGUGAGAAUGGCCUGGACAAGACUCGCCUGCUUAAGAAGGAUGCCCCGAUAAGCCCCGCCUCCAUCGCAUCUUCCAGCAGCACUCCUUCCUCCAAAUCCAAAGAACUCAGCCUUAAUGAAAAGUCUACUACUCCUGUGUCAAAGUCCAAUACCCCUACUCCGCGAACCGACGCGCCCACCCCAGGCAGUAACUCCACUCCCGGACUGAGGCCCGUGUCUGGAAAACCGCCAGGAGUGGACCCCUUGGCAUCCAGCCUGAGGACCCCAAUGGCCGUCCCCUGCCCAUAUCCAACCCCAUUUGGAAUUGUGCCCCAUGCUGGGAUGAAUGGCGAGCUGACCAGCCCCGGAGCCGCCUAUGCUGGCCUGCACAACAUCUCCCCGCAGAUGAGCGCGGCUGCCGCUGCUGCUGCUGCCGCCGCCGCCUACGGAAGAUCACCAGUGGUGGGCUUUGAUCCACACCAUCACAUGCGUGUGCCCGCGAUCCCUCCAAACCUGACUGGCAUCCCAGGAGGAAAACCAGCCUACUCCUUCCACGUCAGUGCAGAUGGCCAGAUGCAGCCGGUCCCCUUCCCCCCCGAUGCCCUCAUUGGACCCGGAAUCCCCCGCCACGCCCGCCAGAUCAACACACUCAACCACGGGGAGGUGGUGUGCGCGGUCACUAUCAGCAACCCCACGAGACACGUGUACACGGGCGGCAAGGGCUGUGUCAAGGUGUGGGACAUCAGCCACCCCGGCAACAAGAGUCCCGUCUCCCAGCUGGACUGCCUGAACAGAGAUAACUACAUCCGCUCCUGCAGAUUGCUCCCUGAUGGUCGCACCCUCAUUGUGGGAGGGGAAGCCAGCACUCUGUCCAUCUGGGACCUGGCCGCUCCAACCCCACGCAUCAAAGCAGAGCUGACGUCCUCGGCCCCUGCCUGCUAUGCCCUGGCCAUCAGCCCCGACUCCAAGGUCUGCUUCUCGUGCUGCAGCGACGGCAACAUUGCGGUGUGGGACCUGCACAACCAGACGCUGGUGAGGCAAUUCCAGGGCCACACAGAUGGAGCCAGCUGUAUUGACAUUUCCAACGACGGCACCAAGCUCUGGACAGGUGGCUUGGACAACACCGUCAGGUCCUGGGACCUGCGCGAGGGGCGGCAACUGCAGCAGCACGACUUCACCUCGCAGAUCUUCUCCCUGGGCUACUGCCCCACCGGGGAGUGGCUUGCCGUGGGGAUGGAGAACAGCAACGUGGAGGUCCUGCACGUCACCAAGCCCGACAAGUACCAGCUGCACCUCCACGAAAGCUGCGUGCUAUCCCUCAAGUUUGCCCACUGUGGCAAGUGGUUUGUGAGCACUGGAAAGGACAACCUUCUGAAUGCCUGGAGGACGCCCUAUGGGGCCAGCAUCUUCCAGUCCAAAGAAUCCUCAUCGGUGCUGAGCUGCGACAUCUCUGUGGACGAUAAAUACAUUGUCACUGGCUCUGGAGAUAAGAAGGCCACCGUCUAUGAAGUUAUUUAUUAAGGACAAAUCUUCACGCAGACUGGACUCCUCCUCGUAGCACUUUGCGCUCCCAUCUUUUGUUUUGUUUUUUGUUUGUUUGUUUUGUUCACUCCCUACCCUUGCAUCUAAAACUAAGGAUUUCAGAUACUAGUUGUGGAGUUUAAUUCCUUCCUUCACCCACUGCUCCUUGCUAUUGAAUUGUGAAUACUCUUAGAACCUGUGAUACCAAAUCUUCAGCUGUCUAUUUGGAAGAACAUGGAAUAAGCAUACUUAACAGUGAACGAAAUCUUUAAUCAUGUAUUAUAUUUGUAAUAUAUUUAUUUUGUUUAAAGAAGGCUUUCUAACAAUGACUGACUAAAUAAAGCUGUCUGCUCCUGCAUUGAUAACAAAGGUGCGUUGUAUUUGAUACCCUUCCCCCCCUUUUUUUUGGUAAAGGAGGGGAAAGAAAGGUUUAAAAUAAUUGCUUAAAAAUGUCACUAAAUGUAGACUAUUGACUGUAUAGAGAUGUGAAAUGUAUAAUUACACACAGAAGCAAUAUGUUGCUGUGUUACUAGGUUUUUUUGUUUGUUUCUGUUUUCUACUUAUUUUAAAGAUACUUGGAAAUCUGGCUAAACGAUUAAAACAUGACAGGCCAAGUCAUAUUCAUUUGAGUCUCUUUGGACAACUUUAAUCAAUAUGCCUAUAGCUUUAGAUGAUACUCGAUACCAGUAAUUGGACAUUUUCUGUUUCCUUCUUUCAACUUGUUGACAAGUGUCUUUGUAAUAUGUUUUUAAUUCCCUUUUUAAAAUUGUAUUAUAGACAGAUGAACGUGUUACAUUGGGCCUCAAAGAGAGAACUUAAUCCCUCCUGGAUAUUUUUGCCACCUUUCUUUGCAAAGGGAGAUGUGUAUCUUUGUGCAGUUUUGUUGUUCUGAGAAAUUACAGGCUGUUUUGUGGCGUGCUCUUUGGGAGCUGCACAGAUACAGGAAGGAUACCUACCGCUGUGCAAGUCAAGUCUUUCACAAAACAAGGACAGCGGAGGAGGGCUUGCGAGACCUCCCUCCGGAAAACACAAAGGAACGGACUUGGUCUGGGCUGAGGACUGCUUUCUUUACCUCCGGUUCUUUCCACGUCUUAGUUGGAUGUCCCUGAAGUGGACACAGGCUGUGCCAUUGUGCCAGAAACAUUGUGUUAUCUUUUAUGUUGUUGUUGUUGCUGUUAAACUAUAAUAUGUGACUCCUUUUUUUAUUUUUUUUUUUUGUUUGAAUGCUUUAAAAAAAAAUCUUUUUAAGUCUGUGGAUCUGCUGAUGUACAGUGCCUUUGCUGCUAUGGAUCAAAAUCAAAAGAACCGUGUAGAUAAACUUUAUUGUAUACGUAGAAAAUUAAUUUCAUACUAGAAAUGGAUGGAGGCUGCAAGCUAAAAUGGACUGUCCAUUGCCGUUCCUGAUGUGGUAGCAGAAAAAGAUGGUGUCUUAAGUGCUUAGUGUUUGAUGUCAUUAACAGUUUCGUAAAACUCUACAGUGUAGAAAGAUUUUGAUACUAAACUGUGCAUUGUACAUAGUUCUAAUGCAUUGUAUUGACCACCAGUACUUCUAUAAUGGUAGAUUGUUUGUGCAUUCAGACUUUUAAGCAUUAAACAUAAAUAACUUCUAGUAUGCUUAUUUUUCUAAUUCUUUGUUUUGCUGCUUUUAGUUUAUUAUCUUGGCUAUGUCAUUCCCAUGUAUUAAAAAUUACCAGUUGUAUUCAA